AUGGGCCUCCGAAUCGUAACCUGGAAUGUCAACGGCAUCCGCAAUCCUUUCGGGUACCAACCAUGGAGAGAUAAACGAACUUUUGAGGGCAUGUUUGACAUCCUCGAGGCGGACAUAGUUGUGUUUCAAGAGACAAAAAUACAAAGAAAAGAUCUCCGAGAUGAUAUGGUCCUUGUGCCUGGCUGGGACAACUACUGGAGUCUCCCAAAACACAAGAAAGGCUACUCUGGAGUAGUCAUCUACACGAAGAACGCUACCUGCGCCCCCAUUCGAGCAGAAGAAGGCAUUACCGGGAUCCUCACUCCUCCGAAUACUUCUACCAGCUUCCGGGAUCUACCAGACGAAGAACAAAUAGGUGGCUACCCGAAUGCAGAACAGCUCUCAGGAGCCGAUUUUGACCCCGCUACACUCGACGCCGAAGGUAGAUGUGUCAUUCUGGAAUUCCCUGCCUUUGUCCUCAUCGGCACCUACUGUCCUGCAGAAAGAGAUGAGACACGAACGCACUUUCGCACAAGCUUCCUGCGCGUGUUGGAUGCCAGAAUACGAAACCUUGAAAGAGCAGGAAAGAGAGUGGUAUGGACGGGAGACCUCAACAUCUCGCGUGAAGAGAUCGAUACUGCUGCAUCGGAAGAAAGCAUGAGAAAGAAUGGUCUUGAUCCCAUAGAGUGGAUAUCUACACCCGCCAGGAGGAUGCUGAACCAGCUGCUUGUAGGCGGAAAAGUCCACGGACAAAGAGACGAAGGAAGAGAAACAUCGAUCUUAUGGGACAUCUGCCGCGCAUUCCAUCAAGACCGCAAGGGCAUGUACACAUGCUGGGAGACCAAAGUGAAUGCUCGACCAGGCAACUAUGGUGCAAGGAUUGACUAUGUCAUUUGCAGCCAUGAUAUGAAGGAAUGGUUCAGCGAUGCGAACAUUCAGGAGGGUCUCAUGGGCUCAGACCAUUGCCCUGUCUAUGCUGUGUUCAAAGACAAGGUACUGGUGGACGGGGUCGAGAAACACAUAUUGGACAUCGUCAAUCCUCCAGGAAUGUACGAGGACGGCGUGCGCAAAGAGCCUUGGUCGACCAAAUGUCUGCUGCCUAUGUCUGGCAAACUCAUCAAAGAGUUCGACAAGAGACAGAACAUUCGAGACAUGUUUACCCGCAAGCCGUCCUUGCUCAAGUCGAAGAGCACCAUGAGCGAAAUUGGCGAAAGCGGUCUCCCGCCGCCACCACUACCAUCCGCAUCCACAGUCGAAGCCACAACUGCAACGCAGAAUGAUGAGGACCCUGCCCUUUCAAUGACAGUUUCAACUACGUCGACCGUCUCAAAAGCGGUCAAUGGGAAGCGUCCGCACAGGUCGGAUCCUUUUCCACCAGUCAAGAAAGCCAAGACCGCAACACCAGCAUCUCCCAAUGGUAAGGGUCAGCGAACUUUGAAGGGGUUCUUUUCCGCCAAAGCGCCGGCAGCAUCGGGUCCGACAGCAAUUGUAGAUGAAGUCCCCCAGGUUGACGACGCACCCCCCAUGGAGGCAGUAUCCCCAAAUAAGCAGUUACCCGAAGACGAAGCCGCUAAUUUCGCAACGAAACAGACCUGGGGCAAGCUGUUCUCAAGACCAGUCGCUCCGAAAUGCGAGCAUGAUGAACCAUGCAAAACAAUGCUCACGAAGAAACCAGGCAUCAAUUGUGGUCGGUCCUUCUGGAUGUGUAAUCGACCCUUAGGACCAAGUGGAAAACAGGAAAAAGGAUCGCAAUGGCGAUGCGGUACAUUUAUCUGGGCAAGCGAUUGGGAUGCACGUACACCUGAUCCAGGAUGA